AUGUAAGUAAUUACAGACUUUAUAUAUAAUAAAUAAUAAAAAUUAAAUAUUUCAAAAUUUACUGAUAUAAAGAAUUUACAAAUUUAAAUUAGCAGGGUAAAAUUGAAAUUUGGACUUACUCAGGGAUAGUUGCAUUUUCAGGUGAUUUGUAUUAUUAAAAUAUAAUAUUAUGUAAAGUAAAAAAAAUUGAAUUAAAUUAGUGAAUAAGAAGAUUUAUGAAAUGCAGGAGUACUAUUAUAUGUGAUGUUAAGUGGUGAAUUACCCUUUAAUUCAAUUUAUCUAAAUGAUUUAAUAGAUCAAAUACAGAAAUGUAAUUAUUAAAUGACUGGACCAAUUUGGGAUAAAACCUCAAUAACAGAAACGGAUUAAAUAUCUAAUUUAUUAUAAUAUGAUCCUCUUCAAAGAUUAACACUUGCAUAAGUACUCGAUCAUCCUUGGAUUAAAAAUAUGCAAAUCUAAUUAGAAAUACCUCGAGAUACUUAAGAAAAAAAUAUGCCUAUAUUCUUGAUUAAAAAAACCAAUUAAGAAUCUGAAUUAAGUACCAAAAAGAUUUAAUAAAUAUGUUUCUUAUUUGUUGCUGGUGAAAUCUGGAAACGUCUAUCAUUAUAAAACUCUUCGGUUUCUAAAAUCUAGGAAGAUCUUAAGAAAUUUAAAUCUAUUGAUAUUUCUACUUAUAAUAACUAGAUCUAAGUAACUAAUGAUUCAAGUACAAAUCAUGUUUAUCAUAUUGAUUAUCCAUUUAAUGAUGAUUCAGAUUGA